GGAGAAAAGAUGGCAGGACUCCUGCGGCCGCAUGCGUUUCGAAGUGUCAAACUAACAUAUGUUCAUCUCUGCAGUGGUGAUCUCUCUACAAACUUCUUUAAGUCAAAUUUCACAGGAAAAUGUCGCACUCAUCAUUUCCUGGCUCAGGGAAGGGAAAGAAAUCGUUUAAAAUCUCUGUGUUUUCACCGGCAUAAGUGUCACAAUGACAGACUACUUGUGGCAGUGUGUGGAGUGCGAUGGAAUAGCACCCAGACCCCCUCCUCAGCCACACCAAGUUCAGCAGUAGGAGAUGUUCCAGCUGGCUAUAUCCCUGAGCCCCCACCUCUGCCUGAACCGGUAGAGAUCGCAGACUGCCUGAAUGCCCUGGGGGAACCCACCUUACAGAGUUUAGGACUGGCUGGCAUGUGGCCUAGUGGACUCGUGCAGUCAUCUUUGGAGAUGCUGCACGUCUCGGCUGGCCUACCCUGGUGGGGUUCUAUUGCAGUCUUCACAGUGUUUCUCCGUCUGUGUAUGUUUCCCCUGGUGAUUAAGUCUCAGAGGAAUGCAGCCAACCUCAGCAACCACAUGCCCACCAUGGCACGGCUACAGGACAGGUUCUCCAAGGCCAGGAUGAGUGGAAAUACCUUGGAAGCUGCCCGAGCUGGGGAAGAACUGAUGAGUUUCAUGAAAAGAAAUGAAAUUAAACCAUUCAAGAAUUUCUUGGUUCCCUUGGCACAGCUGCCUGUGUUCGUGUCAAUGUUUGUGGGUCUGAGACAGAUGGCUAACCUGCCGGUUGAGAGCAUGAAGACUGGGGGAAUGUUCUGGUUCACAGAUCUGACUGUAGCAGACCCUUUUUAUGCCCUGCCAUUGCUCACCAUGGCAACUUUCCUCUUAACUGUAGAAGUGGGAGUUGACGGCGUAAAAGCAAACACGAUGACACAUGGCAUGAAAUGGUUCAUGAGAGCUAUGCCUGUAUUCAUCUUCCCAUUCAUCUCUAACUUCCCCAUGGCCAUGCUGUGUUACUGGAUGACCUCCAACACAUUCUCUCUGAUUCAAGUCCUUUUCCUAAAGAUACCAACUGUCAGGACAUUUUUUGAAAUACCCGAGAUUGUCAAACACGAGCCCUCUACAGUGCCAAAGAAGAAGGGAUUUGUGGAGGGGUUCAGAAGCAGUAUGAACAAUGCUAAGCUGAUGAAUGAGAUGGAGGAUAGAGAGCGUGUGGAUGCUAUCAGGUUCAGAGAGGCAGGACUAGGGCCAUUACAGAAGACCUAUAAGUAUGACCCCACCAAAGUCCAGCAACAGACACCCACAAAAGCCAUCAGUGCUAAGUCCAAGUCGUAACACUUCUGGCUGUAGUAGCCAUGAUGUGGUAUAUUUUUAAGUUAAGAGCACAUUUAAAUGAUCAACUGAUGUUCUGUUGUAUGGGAUUGUUCUGGCCCAGUAUACAUGCUGCCUCACUGUACAGUAUGCUGUAUAUGUAUAGUUCAUACAUUAUGUAUAUGUGUGGACCAUGUCCGUAUCCAAACACCAUUUGACUAGGCAAAUGGCCUCAUGAACACAGUGAGGCAUCUGCAACCAUGUCGUGAACACUGGAAGUUGAGAUCACACAAAUUAGUGUGUCUUGUUGUUCUCACCUAAAAAAUCCCUUAAGGUACUAAAAAGGUCAGAAAAUCAGAAGUAAAAAAUCUAAAUAGAACUUCUUAGUUGAGCAUGCAAAAAAGUUGCAUGUACUUAUUAAACCAUUCUUCCUUUUCGGGGAAUUACAUCUGUAAAACCACACUUUGCGUCAUUAACGAAUACAGUAUAUGAAAGUCCAUUUGUUAUAGAUUGCAGAGAUUGACAGUGUCUGUCUGACAUUUUCCAUCAUGAAAAUGUUCCUAGGAACACUAAAUUAGCUGAGUGUUGUGUUAGGACAGUGGACUGACUUGACUUCAUAUAUACUGUAGUUAAAACUUAACUGAUUGUUAUUCAUCAUUAAGUGUAAAGAUUUUGUUUUGAAUGUGAAAAUGAGAGUUUAGUGAGAAAGAUUCCCGCAUUCAGAGUCCUUAUAGCAGAGAAUCCAGUCCUUUUUCACCAAGAAUCACUAUUUUAGUCGUUCACGGAAAGAAAUUGUUGAAAUAAAGUCGUAUAUUUGGCAUUCUAUAGAUUAUUGAAAAAAAGAAAAUUAACAUUUUUUCAUAGUCUUUUUAAAUGUGCAAAAUUGUGGCAUUUAAAAUUGAAAAAUAGCUGUAGGACUACCUUAUAUCAAAUUGUUAGUGAUGUGUAUUCAAAGGUUUUUUGUGAACAUUGGUAUGUCUGGAGAAAUCUCAAAAUGCUUACACCAACAGCUGGUCUAGGUUAUAUUGUUUCCUUCUAAGAAUUCUUUUGUAUAAAGUGUAAAUAAUUAACAGUGCUGUUUAAAAUCAUGUGUGAAUCCCGAUUUGAAAUGUACAUGACCUGGCAAGAGGGUUUAUUUUCACACCUUUGUAAAAUAAACGUGUGAUUUUUUUAGUACUUCAGCACUUUUUUGGCAUCAAUUGUCAACCAUGGUAAACCUUUUGAGCAGCUGUAAGAUGAUGGCUUAGCUGGAUAAGGUAAUUUUGUUAUUAAAUUAUACUAUAUUCAG